UCUUUGAAAAUGUAUAAACACUUUUUUACAUGAAGUAUUCAAACAAAAGCAAACCCAAAACGUGUGCACGUGGAUGCAACGAAGCGCGUGUGCCGUACGAGGACAAUCGAGGAAAGGGCGUCCAUCAGCAAUCGGAGCAACAACCGAGUAACUAUUCCACCGCCACCGUCCAUGAGGAUGACCAACACCCGCACCCCGCAAACGCAUUGAUUACUACAUAUUUUCAUCGUGUGCAAAGCAGAGCAAGUUAAAAAGAAACGCGGCGCCGCCAUUGAAACUGAAAACAGGCAAGUUCUACACACCAAAAGCAUUUUCAACGCUAAGUUUAUGCGAAAAUGUCGCAAAUGACGCGCAUCGACGGAGAUGGCGACGAAGGCGGCGGCGGAGUCGGAGUUUGUGGCGGAGUCAGCGAUGCGCAGAAGACGCCUUUCAUUGCCGAUGAAUUGCAAGAUGGUGAGAAUAGUUUGGAGCCGGGUGAGUUGGUAACACCACCGCAUCAGCAGGCAGAGAAUGCCAGUGCCAGUCCGGCUCCGAAGAAAUUGCUCGCCAAGGACGUUAUGAACAAAGCAUUGCGCAAGCUGACACAAAUCGAUACAGCGGUCAACUGUGGGGAAAAAGAGCGCGCUAUUUUAGAGCUGGAGGCCAUCAGACGCAAGGAGACCACCGCUAAAAUUGCAACCAAUGAGAAGCCAUCGUCACCGCUGCCUCUUGAAAAUGGCAGUGCAACGGCAGCAGAGGUGUCCACAGCAUUGGCUGCAUCAACGGAGGAUGCUGAUGAUAGUGAGGGCUUGUACUCCGAUACGGACUCCUCCGCCGAUGAUGAGCAGAAGAAUGUGGAGGACGUGCAGCAGGCGCGCAAGGAGAAACAAGAGGAAGCAGCUGCAGCAGCAGCACCACAACCACCCGCACCCCACCAUCCCUUCCUGGGCAUGAGUCCGCUACGUUUUCAUAUGCGUCCGCCGUGUUUCGACUACUCUCGCUUAGGCUAUAUGCCCAGAAUGCAGCGUGGCGGCAUUCGCGGCGCCCGCUCCCCACUCUAUCCACGUCCGCCGGCACCGAAGCGCGGUGGCACAUCCAGGGGCGCAACGCCGCCCCCUUCGACAGCAUUGUCAUGCAAUGGAAUUCAAGGUCAACAGUCGUCCUCGGCUGGUGUUGGUGCCUACGGCCCGGCACUGCCACCCGGUCAGACGCAAGGUCAAGGUCAAGGCGGCAAGCGGCCGCAGUCCGUCUUAAUCUGGACAACAUCGGAGCCACCAGUGUCGUUUGUUUUCAAUUUUGUUUCGGAGUGCGGCAAUCCGCAGCACAAGAGCUGUAAACCAAAAGAGUCGCAACUGCCCGCAUCCAACUCCAAUGAAACUGCCAGCGAUGGUGCGCAAAGGGAGCAGGGUAAACGAAGCCGGGAUACGCCUAGGGAGCGCGAAGAGAAUCAUAGGAAUCGCUUCAGAGAGAAGCGAAGCGAACGUUCCCGGGAGUCAAAAACUGCUAGCUCAAGAGACAGGCCAAGGGAGCGCUCGAGAGAACGUUAUAAGGAAAAGAAGCGGGAACGGUCGAAUGAGAAGCAGAGAGCACGCUCCAAAGAGGGAAAUCGCUCCAGAGAGAGAAGAUUCGAGCGCUACAAAGAGAAGAGCGAACACUUCAAGGCCAAGCCGAGGGAACGCUCCAGGGAGAAGCGAUUGGAUAGCUCCAAGGAGAAGCAGCUGGAUCGCUCCAACGAGAAGCGCAGGGAACUCUCUAAGGAGAGGCAACGAGACCCAAAUAGCUCUAAAGAUAAAACUACGUCUCGCUCAACCGACAAACUUGCUUCCACUGCAGCUAAAGACGAGCGACGAGAUCGCACCGAAAACUUCACGCUCAAAACCAUGUCCAGCCAACAUAGACGAAGUCGAAGUAAAAGUCGCAAGUCCAAGAGCAGAGCAAAGACGCCGCCACUGCCACAGGCCAAUAGUGCAGCUGUCCAAGAUGCGGAGAAGCAGCUGCAGCAAACGCCACCUGCAGUCGAUUCAAGCAAAUCUUUCGAUAUAUUUGCCGAAUCGCCGCCAAGACUGAACAAACCAGGCAGUCCAAUCCCGAAUCAUCUGUCAGGUGAACCUACUACUGCCCAAAUGAAUAUUGCAACUACGGUGGAGCGCAGCACAACGCCGCCGCUGGAGAUCCGACACAUGACACCCAAGCCAGUUGCUGCACUAGUUGCAGACUCGCCCAAGCCAACAGCGACGGCGACAACACCGCAACUAAAAAUCCACAGCGAGAUUCACAUACGUAUUGGUGCACUGCUCGAGGAGAAUGAUCCGCACCUUGAAGCGCUGCUGGCCACAAAGGAGCAACUGCUGCGCCAGAGCACCGAGCAUCGCAACAAAAAGGAGGCACCCAAGGAUUCGCCCCUGCAAAUCAAACAGGAGCCGAUCGAACCAUCGCCAGCCACCUCAAGCAGCCGCCAUACCAAGAAGAGCAGCACACCCGAACACCGCACGGCACCGCCCCCGCAACGCCACACGAAUCCCUUCAAGCGAGAAAUAGUAUUAAACGAAGUCUCCAGUCGCGUGUCGCCCCGACGCUCAACGGAGUCACUGCGUCACAGCAUGCAGCGCAAUGGCGACAGACAUAAUAGCAGAGCAGAGCGCGACUCGAAGGCGCAGCGGCAGAGCGAUGAGUUCAAGGAGCGUGCAAUCAAGCAAGAGAAGAAUCGCAGCAGAACACCGCCACUGCUCACAGUGCGACAAAUCAAAGUGGAGCGCGAUACAACGCCACCACUACCACCGCAACGCGACACCGAGCGAGAUGUGCCCGUGCGCAAUGGUGUCCUGGCUGCCAAUGCACCGCCACCGCCAGCGACGCUGAUGACAACGACAGCUGCCAAUAAGGCGGAUGGGCACAGUCCCGACACAGAUGACUACAUAGACAACUGGGAGAACGAUGACUCUAUGGCGUUUGGGGACAGUAAUACGCCCAAAAAUCCGGCAUCCACAAUUGCGACACGCUUGAACGGCGACGAUGAGGAUUCGAAUUCCCUGUGGAAUACAAAAAGCACACCGCCACCUAAAUCCAAGCAGCCACAACAACAGCAGCUUGCAACAGCCAGUGCUGCAACUGAAGCAGCAGCAGCCGAAGUAACAGGACCAGGACCAGCUGUGCCCGACAAGGCGCUGAUCAACAUACAGGAUCUGUACGAGAAGUUCAUGAAGAGUAUUAAAAUGGGCGGCAACGCAAGUGAAGCAACAACAGCUGCCACAACGGAGGCAAACACAAAUAGUUCCUUAAGCAAUUCCACUGCCGAAGAAUCAUCGAGUGAUACAGAAGCUACGACAAGCAGCAGCAGUAGCAGCAGCAGCAGCUCCGAUGAUGAUGACAAUGAUGACGAUGAUGAUGAUGAUUCCAGCACCGAUGAGGAUGACAAUAAUGAGCAAGUGAAGCAGCAACAGGAGCAACAAUUGGAAGCGCAACCAGCUGCUGGCGAUGCUCGAGACGUUGCAGUUGGUGGCAAACAGCUGCUCAGCCACAAGAAGAACAAUGUCAGCAAGGAUUUGCGCAAACUGAAGAGCCUCGAAGAUAAUCUGGCGCGCAUUCAGAUGAUGCGUGAGAACUAUGACUCGGGCGAUGACAUUUGCGAGGAGCUGCUGAAAAUGGAAUCGUUGUUCCUCAUGCAGCGCAAUGCCAUUAUGAACAAGUACCGGAAGCCAGAACUGAAACCAGCCAGUGAGGAGGAGCAGCAGCGACAACAUGCGCAACAACAGCAGCAGCAACCACUGGAACAGCAGGAGCAAGAGCAGACACAGCUGCCAAUCCCAGAGUCGCCAAUUAAUAAGAUCUUUGAUGCGAAUCGUGAAGCCAUCAAGCUAACAAUUUCACCCCUUAAACUCUCACGAAAGCCCGCUAUUUUCGAUAAGGAUGAAGCAGAAGUGGCGCCUCAGCCACAGCCGCUCGAGGAGAAGCUUACCAAGCCACCCAAAGAGAUAGCGAUUGUGAAGCCCACCAUAGUGGAGACCCGCACCAAGCAGCCGCGUAUCCAGCAGCAUCAGCAUUCGCAACAUCAACACUAUCCACAUCACCAUUCACACCAGCAACACCACCCACACCAGCAGCAGCACCAACUCAAACGAUCACACACCCGCGAACGCUCCCGAUCCCGUUCGAUAUCGCGCAAUCGUUUCCGCCGCAAUGUGCGACCCAGUCGCGGCAAGGACUCAACACGUUCGCCAAGUCCACGACGACGUCGUCCGAUGCUGUUGUCGCGACGACCACGCUUUGGCAAAGGACGGUUGGGUGGGGGUCGCAGUCGCAGCCGCAGUGCGAGUCGCAGUCGGACGCGCAGUCGGAGUCCGUUGCGCUGGCGAAGCGUAAAGCCGACGCUGGGACGACGACGCGGCUCAUUGUCGCCGCCGUGCAAGAUGCUAGGUCCACGCUCACCACCACCGAAGAUCUCGCGACGUCGCUCCUACAGUCGCGAGCGCUGCUUUUCGCGAUCACCACUGCCCUUCAAGCCACCGUCGCCGCCGAUGCGACGUAGCUGGACAAAGUCCCGGUCCCGUUCAAGGUCGCGCAGACGCAGCCAUACAAGAUCAAAAAGCAGAUCGAGAUCGCCGCACGCCCAGAUCUUUGAUGAUUACUUUGUGGAGAAUCAGAGAUUGGAGGCGGCUGCCUACUACUAUAAUAUGUCGCUGAUGCAGCAGGAUGCGAGUGGUGAGCAGUAUGAUAGCUAUGCGGCGUACAUGGACACCGCCUACAACAUGGACCAGGCCUAUGCCCAAUACAAGGAGUACUCUUCGGGUGCGGUUGCUGCACCCAUGGAUUACGAUUACAAUGCUGUCAGCCUGAUGCCACCGUCAACAAUACCAGUGCUGCGAGAGCUGCCUAUGGCUCCCGUUGUGCAGGUGGCCGUGCAAAAGGGUAAUGUGCUGGAAAUUGUGCCAUCCAUGGAGCCAGCAAUGCAACUAGCGAAUAUACCGGACAUUGUGCAAGAAGAACCACCCGAGGACAACAGCAAACCGAAACGCAAGCGCGUCAACUUUGUGGAUAACGUGUUGCCCACUUACGAGAGCGAUAGCGAGGAUCGCAUCAAGAUUGAGACAGCCGUGGAGCGUGGAGUGAGUCUGUGCCGUGAUCGCUGUGCCGCCAUGGCACUUCGAUUGCAGCGCAUCCGCGAACAGCUGUUGGCGAUGCCAGCGGUACUGCCGCCAGUUGCGCCGAAGCCGCCGAAUCAGGAGAAACCUGUGCUGGUGCAAAAGAAGCCCAGAUUCCGCUACUAUCACUUUGAGCCGAUGAAGGGCGUCAUUGUUAAGUCAUGGGAGCGCAAGCUGCGACCAUUAGUGUCGCAUCCUCCACCCCGCUUCGAUCCCAAGUAUAUGGCCAUGCUGGUCAAAUCUGGACGCCUACCAAUGCCAGCGUUUUUGAGGCAUCGGCCACCGCCGUUGCCGGCGCAAGCGGAUGCCAUGCUGCAGGAGUUCUUUAGUAAGCAUCCGCCGCCACCACUGCAGCAUGGAUUGCCACAUUAUUUGCGUGGUCCACCGCCAAUGGCAACGGUGCCCCAUCCCGCCGCACCGCCUCCCAUCGCCUCACAACCGAUACCCGUGCUGGGCGCACAGAGCUAUCCCUGCUAUCCACCAGCACCAGCACCUGUGCUAUCGGCCGUGCCUUCCGUUGCAUCGAUACCAGCGCCUGUGCCAGUGCCUGUAUCCCUGCCAUUGCCAUUGCCUGUACCCGGACCCGUUCCCAUUUUGACAGCACCGCCCUUGACAUUAACGCCGCCGCCAGCGUUGGUGUCACCAUACUUUACGCCACCGCCGUUGCCCACGUUGUCGUCACAUUUCACCGUACAGCCGGUGCCGACGAUGCGUGAAAUUAUGCCCGUGGACAUAUUGCAGAAAAUAGGACCGCUGCCAAAGACACUAGAUCUUGAUGUGGGCAAUACCGGCCUGGAAGAGGCCAAUACCGAUCUCAAUGAAGACGAGACGACGGCUACGCCUGCUGAAGCGACUCCCGAUGUUGAUCAGCAUCCGCCGCCGGCGCAGCUGGUGGAGACCUUAUAAAAAGAAACAAACCCACUGCACGCACCCAUUUAAACCCAUGCCUAAAGUCUAUUUUAAGAAUCCCGUUCGCAAUGUAUAGUAUGUACUUAGAACACCCAACUAGCUGGACACAUCAUAAAAUUCUAGACUUAAGUAGUUUUCUUGUAUCAUCAAACUAGAUAUAUUAUUUUAACAAUGCAACGAGUCCCUGGCAAUUAUUCAGCAUCAUUUAUUAUCUUCUUUUUUUUUAUAUCAUUUACCAUUUGUAUUUUGUAAAGAAAGCGCAUUUAUUGUUAGACAUAUUUUUUAUAGCUAUAGUUUUGCAUUGUGAACCAAUUUAACAUUUAGUCUAUUGAUUUCUACAAGAAAAUAAAACAAGUGUAAAUAGAGCGAUUGACUUGAAACAAAUAGAGUCGAAUUUAGCCUAAGCAACAUGAUACGACAUGUAUUUAACGAAAAUUUAUACAAAACUAUAAAAGAAAAACAAACAAACAAAGCAAACCAAUAAUUAAACGAAAGUACAUUUGACUUACAUGUACGUAGAAUACAAAUAA